CCUUGCGGGAGGCGGCGAGCCCCGGGCGCACUAGCUCGCUGUCGCCGCGCACCGAGGAGCCCGUCUUCGAGCCGUGCCAGCUGAGCCAGCCGGGCGCCGUGCUCGGUCCGCUCGCCGCGCGGUAGAGAGCUGCCUGAGACAGAGCCAUCCCGCCGGCGCCGAGCUGCCUAGCGUCCGGCCCCGAAGCCCCUGAGUGCGGCGUGGCGAGCCCCAGGCGGCGGCAGAAAAACCCGAGCGCCAGGAGAGGGCGAACGGGGGACAAGGAGGCUCCCGGGCGCGACGAGGAGAGUCUCGGAGGAGAAAGCGGCUUGAGGACACCGGGGCCUCCCUGCCGCCGCAGUCGGGUCGGGAAGGGCAUCCCAUACGCGGAGCCCCGGCUGCCAACCGCGACUAAGGGAGGGGGCGCCGGCGGCCCCCGCACUAGUGUGCAGCUUGCGCCCAGGAGGGCGAGAGCGCGCGACUCGCCAGGGGCCCGCCGCCGCCGCGCCGCCCUCCCCCGCGCUGUCAGCCCCACCGGGCGCAGCCGCCGCAGCAGCAUCUUCUGUGCUCGCGCCCCCACCAGCCCCCAGGAAGUCCCCGCCGACGAUCGGGGCCCCCGGGACGGCAGGAGGAAAGACCAGAUACUCCUCUAAAAUGCGGAGGACUGAAGCAGCCUAGCCAGAGCUAUCUGUGGAUUAAAAAAAAUACGAUUUUUCUUUUAUUUUUUGGCAGAAGAAAAGGAGAGGAAGACCAGCGGGACACUGCAAGGGAAAAAGGGGGAUGUAACUCGUGGAUACGUUUUUUCCACCCCUCAGAUGUCUUCUUCUACUUAGUAAACAUUUUCUUUUUUUUAAACCCCAGCUCCAGUCGGACGCCCCCAGACCUCCCGGGUGCGAGGAAGGUGCUGUUUUUCAUUUGGGUCUUUGCAUAUUUGAUUUUUAGAUUUUGAGAGCCCCUCCUUAUUUCGCCAGACAUCUCAUGCGGGGUGAAGUCCACUCGGCCCCCUCCCCCGAGUCUUCGUGUGCACGGAAUUCGAGGAGAUCCGGUUACUAAGGAUAUAGAGGAAAAAAAUUAAUCGCGUGCCUGCUUUUUUUUUUAAUUGCCUGCUUCUCCCCACCCCCAAAUUAAGUUGUUUAGCAAGGGGGAAAGGUUUUUUCCUCCCUCCAACAGCCCAGCCGAACGCCUUUCGUUUUUUGCCCCAGUGUAUCUUCCAUGUAGGAAGCCGAGGCUGGCGAGCCCGACACUCGGGAGCCGCUGCGGGGGGGCCUCUUUUCGGGGAGGCGCCGACCGGGGCAGGCUUCGCCGACCCCAGGGAAGCGGCCGCCGCGGUCCUCCGGGGUGCGCCGGGGCCCGAGAGCCGCGCAAGGCGCGGGCCGCGCGGGGUGGGGCAGCCACAGCGCAGGCCCCCGAGCCCCGGCGGGCGCCCCCGGGCCCCCGCGCGCGCCCCGGCCUCCGGGAGACUGGCGCAUGCCACGGAGCGCCCCUCGGGCCGCCGCCGCUCCUGCCCGGGCCCCUGCUGCUGUCGCCUGCGCCUGCUGCCCCAACUCGGCGCCCGACUUCUUCAUGGUGUGCGGAGGUCAUGUUCGCUCCUUAGCCGGCAAACGACUUUUCUCCUCGCCUCCUCGCCCCGCAUGUUCAGGACCAAACGAUCUGCGCUCGUCCGGCGUCUCUGGAGGAGCCGUGCGCCCGGCGGCGAGGACGAGGAGGAGGGUGCGGGGGGAGGCGGAGGAGGAGGCGAGCUGCGGGGAGAGGGGGCGACCGACGGCCGGGCGCAUGGGGCCGGUGGCGGCGGUGCGGGCAGGGCCGGCUGCUGCCUGGGCAAGGCGGCCCGAGGUGCCAAAGGUCACCACCACCCCCACCCCCCAGCCGCGGGCGCCGGCGCGGCCGGGGGCGCCGAAGCGGAUCUGAAGGCGCUUACGCACUCGGUGCUCAAGAAACUGAAGGAACGGCAGCUGGAGCUGCUGCUCCAGGCUGUGGAGUCCCGCGGCGGUACGCGUACCGCGUGCCUCUUGUUGCCCGGCCGCCUGGACUGCAGGCUGGGCCUGGGGACGCCAGCCGGCUCGCAGCCCGCGCAGCCACCCUCAUCCUACUCGCUCCCACUCCUGCUGUGCAAAGUGUUCAGGUGGCCGGAUCUCAGGCAUUCCUCGGAAGUCAAGAGGCUGUGUUGCUGUGAAUCUUACGGGAAGAUCAACCCCGAGCUGGUGUGCUGCAACCCCCAUCACCUUAGCCGACUCUGCGAACUAGAGUCUCCCCCUCCUCCUUACUCCAGAUACCCAAUGGAUUUUCUCAAACCAACUGCAGACUGUCCAGAUGCUGUGCCUUCCUCCGCUGAAACAGGGGGAACGAAUUAUCUGGCCCCUGGGGGGCUUUCAGAUUCCCAACUUCUUCUGGAGCCUGGGGAUCGGUCACACUGGUGCGUGGUGGCAUACUGGGAGGAGAAGACAAGAGUGGGGAGGCUCUACUGUGUCCAGGAGCCCUCUCUGGACAUCUUCUAUGAUCUACCUCAGGGGAAUGGCUUUUGCCUCGGACAGCUCAAUUCGGAUAACAAGAGUCAGCUGGUGCAGAAAGUGCGGAGCAAGAUCGGCUGUGGCAUCCAGCUGACAAGGGAAGUGGAUGGCGUGUGGGUGUACAACCGCAGCAGCUACCCCAUCUUCAUCAAGUCAGCCACACUGGACAACCCGGACUCCAGGACGCUGUUGGUACACAAAGUGUUCCCCGGUUUCUCCAUCAAGGCUUUUGACUAUGAGAAAGCAUACAGCCUGCAGCGGCCCAACGACCAUGAGUUCAUGCAGCAGCCGUGGACUGGCUUCACUGUGCAGAUUAGCUUCGUGAAGGGCUGGGGCCAGUGCUAUACCCGCCAGUUCAUCAGCAGCUGCCCGUGCUGGCUGGAGGUCAUCUUCAAUAGCCGGUAGCCGCGUGGGGAGAGGACGGAGCGUGAGCCGAGCGGGCCCAGUCCAGACUACUUUGCUGCUAAUAUUUUCCUCCUGAGUGCUUGCUUUUCAUGCAAACUGGUCAUCGUGUAUGUGCGUGCGUGUGCGUGUGUGUGAAUGCACGCAUGUGUGUGUGCACACACAUGCUUGUCAUUCAUGUUAAUGUUCUAUUCUGUUGAGAAAUAGCUUAUGGAAAGAAUUACUGGGGUUUUGUGGGGGUGGGGUGGGGUUGGCAGAACACCCCAAUAUGAAAAGGGGAAGCAAAAGUCAUAGUAGCACCAAACACAGUAUGAAUGGGGAGCAGGCCCUAACUUUGGGGUCAUCCCCUUGUCAGGGCGUGUGUGUGAGCGAGUGUGUGUGAGUGUGCAGGGACGGGGAAUGGCUUGCUGUGUGUUUCUGUGGCCAUCUCCAGCUGAGAGGUUUGCAGGGUCUCUCCUGCCCUCUGGACACACUCUGUGGGGCAGAGGCAGCACCUGAGCAAACUGGUGGUGGGAAUCCCGGCAGCUACCAGAAGCGAGGCUCUGCCUCUCCCCUUCCAGGACACAGGCCUGUCCACAGGCUUCUUAGAAGCAAGCCUGCAAGAGGCUGAACCAGAACCAGUCGUUUUCAUGCUUGUCUUCCUCCCGCCUCCGGCCACCCUGCUGCCAUUGUCGUGUCUUCCCUUAAUGGCCAUCUGCUCCUGGAUCUCUCUGAGAUGGGCAGCCCCGUCACAGUAUUGCUCACCCCGUGCCCUCUCAGGCCCCUCAGCCUCUCCCCUGCCCUGGUUACAUCAGGUUUUUUCCCGGACUCAGAAAACCAGCUCAGCACUUUCCUCCCCUCCGCAGCCUGUGUGUUGAGCUCUGCUGUUAGACCAGCGAGGGGAGCAGCCCUGGGAGGGAGACUUCUCAGCAGCACCCCCUUCCCACCGAGAAGGAUUCGGUCCAUCAUGACCCACGGUACCAUCCUGGGCUGACACCUAACUCUUUCAUUUCUUCUACAACUCAUACACUCGUAUGAUAUGUUGACACUGCUCUUAGCUCAAUGAGCAUGUUUAGACUUUAACAUAAGCUAUUUUUCUAACUACAAAGGUUUAAAUGAACAAGAGAAGCAUUCUCAUUGGAAAUUUAGCAUUGUAGUGCUUUGAGAGAGAAAGGACUCCAGAAAAAAAAACACAACAGAUUUAUUAAAGAAAAAAAUGUAUUUUAUGUUAUAUAUAAAUAUAUUAUUACUUGUAAAUAUAAAGACGUUUUAUAAGCAUCAUUAUUUAUGUAUUGUGCAAUGUGUAUAAACAAGAAAAAUAAAGAAAAGAUGCACUUUGCUUUAAUAUAAAUGCAAAUAACAAAUGCCAAAUUAAAAAAAGAUAAACACAAGAUUCGUGUUUUUUUCUAUGGGUGUUAUCACCUGGCUGAAUGUUUUUCUAAAGGAGUUUAUGUUCCAUUAAACAAUUUUUAAAAUGUA